AUGUCAACUCCGGGAUGCUUGUCCUACCGUCACCAGGCCUUUAUGGAGCGUGCUUUGCAGAUCUUGGAGAUCCCUCCCGAGUUGCAGCGGAGGGUGUGGCUGAGACAGAACAGAGAAGAUUUCACGAGGGGCGGCCUGCGGGGUGGGCGGGACUGGGGAAAAGGCCGAAAUGGAGGCUUGAGACGACACCUUCUUAGAGACGAAGUUGAUUCCAUGGGGAGGAGAAUGCAGGCAACGACGACUGAAGUGAUCCCCAUCGGCUGUAUUGCCUUCAACAGCUUGUUCGAGAAGAAGAACUUGAGCAAAGCCUUGGAGAACACUUUGCUGGUCUAUCUCUACCGGCAAACCCUGGUCACAUCUCCACACUUCAGGAACAAGGACCCCAACUACAUCAUUGCCGUGGUGAAUGUGCUAGAGGACCAAGUCUUUCUGCCUGGGGACUACGUGGUGCGGAAAGGUGAGGUGGCCACCUCGCAGCUUGGCGCUAUCAAAGAAGCUAGUAACAGGUGCAUCGCUAGUAGUAACAAGUGCAUUGCUACUAGGAACAAGGUUCGCUACUAG